ACAUAUAUACAUUGCAUCUCGUAACGACAACUGUAUAUUUGGACAAAUAUGGCAUCUUCCAGCAACGAUGGUAUUUCAACAUCAAUUAACGGGUGUAAAGAAUCAGAAGUCGCCUCCGAUUGUGGCAAGAGUCGCACGAUUAUCUGGUGCGCACCUCGCUCUGUUUCUACGGCCCUCACCAAGUGUCUUAGUUUUGUCGACGACAUCCAGGUGUGGUUCGAACCCUAUACCUACUGCAGGGUUGUAACGGUGCAGAUGAAAGAACAGCUCGGCCUAGACCUGCCUGUGGAAUACGAAGGAAACGAAGAUAUUUACACAAGACUGACCGAUCAUUUGAAAGAGGGGAACCAAGGAAAUUAUUGCAAGAAGAAAGAAUUCCUUGCGUAUGCGACAGUCAAGCGUGUGCUGGAAGACUCAACCAGUCCACAUGUAUUGGUGAAAGACAUGGCUUUUGCAUUCUCUCAAGAGAGAUACAAGUUCAUCCCCAAAGGCUACACACACAUCUUCUUGAUACGGCAUCCUCUCCGGGUCUUUUCCUCUCUUCGGGUAGCCGUAUUCGGCCAACUUUCCGCUUUGGGGAUGUUACAAGGGGAAGACGCACAAGAGGAAACCUUCGACAUUCAACGGAACUACCCCUACGCGAACCCGGGUGUUGAACUCCACAAGGACGUCUAUGAUGUGUGGAAAUACGUCCGGGAGUCUCUCGGCGCCGAAGCGAUCGUGGUCGACAGCGACGAUCUGCUGUUGAACCCUGACGAGAUGCUGCCAAAGAUCUGCCGAGCUACCGGACUGCCUUACGACGAGUCGCUCUUGAGGUGGGACGGGUCUUCCGAGGUGACUAAGAAUUGGAUGCUGCCAGCUGAGAACAUGGUGGAGAAUUUAAAAUACAUUUAUGGGACUGCAAUCAACAGCAGCGGAUUCCUCCCAUCUAGGAGGAUACCAUCACGUGAUGCUGCUAGCCGUGACGUCAUUAGAUGUACAGACCAGGGGGUGAAAUAUUAUGAUGAAAUGUAUAAAGUCAGACUUACUGUCUAAAUAAACAGAUCUUCCGGGGGAGUCUUUUAUAAUGAAAGCUGUCAGUGCUGUAAAUUUCAGUGAAUUCCUUAGUUUUGAUUGACUCAAAACAUCUGGCCUCUGACUGUUACUAUGGUAACUAUCGGAGAGACAACACUUGUCAGUGCUGACAACUUUCAUGAAACGGUCACCAGAAUUCUGAACUCAGGUUUGUCUUACAUUCUUGUUUAUUAUUGUGACUUGUGUAUCACACGUCUCUUAUAGAAGAUGUUCACUAUGCUCUGCUAUUCUGGCGACAAUAUCACUGUUAAGAAAAAUGUAUUUUUAACUUUGUUGGUUUUCUUCACCAUUAUUUUAAAAAGUUAGUAAUAAAUACAACAAACACAAUCGUGCCAAAAAAACCUUUGACCCUUAUGGCCACCUAGCCAAUAAUCUUGGCGAGAGUUGCAGCGUUUGUCUUUGCCUUUAGCUUUACGAGUCUGAUACUGUUCUGCACCCUUUACUUAGGAAAGUAUAAGAGACCACGACUUCAUCCAAUUCCAACCAUAAAAAUGACGAUUCAUUCUGAAUCUCUGAAAGGUUCAGAAUGAAAAAAAAAAGAGACCGGUAUAUUAGAGUGUCGACUGAAGACCGGUAUAUUAGAGUGUCGACUGAAGACCGGUGUCACCUAUAAAUGUUACCAGGCUGCUAAUAUUAGAUUUUUUUAUAAUUAUUAUCUUUUAUGAUUAUGAUAUAUCUAACCGAUUUUUUUUGUCUCACCUGCAUAGCAGAGUGAGACUAUAGGCGCCGCUUUUCCGACGGCGACGGCGACGGCGGCGGCGGCGUCAACACCAAAUCUUAACCUGAGGUUAAGUUUUUGAAAUGACAGCAUAACUUAGAAAGUAUAUGGACCUAGUUCAUGAAACUUGGCCAUAAGGUUAAUCAAGUAUUACUGAACAUCCUGCCUGAGUUUCAUGUCACAUGACCAAGGUCAAAGGUCAUUUAGGGUCAAUGAACUUAGAUCAUGUUGGGGGAAUCAACAUCAAAAUCUUAACCUAAGGUUAAGUUUUUGAAAUGUCAUCAUAACUUAGAAAAUAUAUGGACCUAGUUCAUGAAACUUAUACAUAAGGUUAAUCAAGUAUCACUGAACAUCCUGCAUGAGUUUCACGUCACAUGACCAAGGUCAAAGGUCAUUUAGGGUCAAUAAACUUUGGCCGAAUUGGGGGUAUCUGUUGAAUUACCAUCAUAACUUUGAAAGUUUAUGGAUCUGAUUCAUGAAACUUGGACAUAAUAGUAAUCAAGUAUUACUGAACACCCUGUGCAAGUUUCAGGUCACAUGAUCAAGGUCAAAGGUCAUUUAGGGUCAAUGAACUUUGGCCAAAUUGGGGUAUUUGUUGAAUUACCAUCAUAACUUUGAAAGUUUAUGGAUCUGAUUCAUGAAACUUGGACAUAAUAGUAAUCAAGUAUUACUGAACACCCUGUGCAAGUUUCAGGUCACAUGAUCAAGGUCAAAGGUCAUUUAGGGUCAAUGAACUUUGGCCAAAUUGGGGUAUUUGUUGAAUUACAGCCAUAAAUUUGAAAGUGUGUUGGUCUAGUUCAUAAAACUUGGACAUAAUAGUAAUCAAGUAUCACUGAACAUCCUGUGCGAGUUUCAGGUCACAUGAUCAAGGUCAAAGGUCAUGUAAGGUCAAAGAACUUUGGCCACGUUGGGGGUAUUUGUUGAAUUGCCAUCAUAUCUCUAUAAGUGUAUUGGUCUAGUUCAUAAAACGUGGAAAUAAGAGUAACCAAGUAUCACUGAACAUCUUGUGCGAGUUAUAGUAGUUUUCAAAAUCAGCACUGCUGCUAUAUUGAAUCGCGUGAUGCAGGUGAGACGGCCAGAGGCAUUCCACUUGUUUGUUUUUGGAUUAAUAAAAUCAUUUUUAACCCUGUGGUUCAAUAUAGUUUUCAAGUUAAAAGAGCCAAUAUAGUGCCCCAUAAUUAUUCUUGCCAAAGGAUAAUAGUAUGGUCACAGUAAUUUAUCUUUUGCAACAUUUACCCACUAAUGUAUCUCAUGUGCACUUUAAGCAGUGUGCAAAAGUUUUUUUCAGUGUUUAAAAAGUAUAAAUAAAAAUUCUAAAAAUGACGAUUAUAUGACUUAUGUCAUAGGAGAAAUUUAUUUCUGUAUAUAGAAUUAUACUAGAAUGGUGCUAUGUCCAUAUAUUUUAUUAUAUUGCGUUUUGAUCAUUUAUUUUAGCUUUCUCCCUGACGAAUGGGAAAUGAGCAAAUAAUUGUUGUUUUACCUAUGUUUGCAUAUAAUAACAGAUGUAUGUAUUUAUAUGAUAUUCAUUCCAAUUAAAAUAAUUUAUGCUGUCUUUAUUACUA